UAAAUUGGAUGAACAUUUAGGUGAAAUUUCAGCUAUGUUAUUCCAUUUAUUAAAUCAGUCUUUCAAUGAUUGAAGUUUUAGUUUUGUAGGCUCGACACUGUGGAAUUACAUAAGGAAGUCUAAAUCCUUUGCCGUUUUAAGAAAUAUUUGAAAAGAGAUUUUUAUGCAUUGCUUUAGGACUCCGACUCGAGUAUACGCCGGGUCGUAAUAGCCCUUGUAAAAUUAUUCUUUGGGCGUAUACAUCAUAGCCCACGUUCUCGGUCAAUGGGGUCCAGCAUGAAUUUAAACCGAACGAAAACAAAACAAACAAACAAAAAUGCUACAUAUGACUAGGUUAGGUAAAUUGUAAACAAACAAACAUUUUCCCCCAACACACCUUUAUAUUGAAAGAAUGUUUUCGCGGCGGGAGCUAAAACAUAUGUAUACUUCAAUGGAAAUCGCUUUUCAAUUGAGUUACCGUAUACAUAUAUUAACAUAUAUAUAUUUUUUUUACUUAAAUAUCAAUCAUGUAUGCUUAUUUUGUGUUCUUUUAAAAGAUAUUUAAAGCAUAUGCCGGACAUGGAGGAAACAUAAUUCGAGGGUUGAAUGCGAAACAUUGACUUGAGUGUAUCUUUAUACGCACUUUUAAACAUGAACGCAUUCACCCCUCGGAAUGCUUAAACACAUUGCUAAGUCAUGCGUUUUAGAAAUUUACGUAAUUUCCUAAAAAAAAAAUAUCUGUAAAUAGCUUUAAUUUGGAUAAAAGCACACUAUUUCAGUUUAUUCUAGGAUAAUAACGUUUGUAAAAGGAAAUACGAUAUAAGAUAUGAUAACUGCUUACUUUAGAUAAAUAUAAAUACGCGGAUAAAAUUUCAAUGUUGUAAGGUAGUUUACCCGUAAUGAUAAUGGAAAAUUACGUAUUACUCGUAUGUGAUUUCGGUAUCCAGCAGGAUUUUAAGGAGUCAUAUGCGUGUUAAGCUGUAUUUUACUCGGAAUAAUACCGAAUUGCUUAAUGAGAAUACGUUAUUACACGGAAAUUGCCGAGUGUAAUUACUGGUCAACUACUGUAAGUGCAUGUGGACUAAAGACUUCAAAAGCUAACAUUGUAAGGCACCUGUUAUUAAUGUGCUUGAUAUACUUAACUGACAUGUGGUUGUUUCAUUUAAUUCAAGAUGGAUAUUGCCUGCUAGCCUAAAACAGCUCGACAACCACCGCUUGAACGAAAAUCAUGGCCCCUAAUGGUAAGACGGAAGAGAGUGUUGCAUUUCCAGUCAAUGGAGAUGCAAAGCAUGUACAUCAUAGGCAUCAUGAAGGACUUCCGGAAGAUAUGUUAUGUGGAAUCGGUCCAUUUAAAUUCCAGUUCUUGCAGAGAUGCGCGCGUAUGGGAUCGUUUGUUGGUGCCUAUAGUAUCUGUGGACUAAUGACUUCCAUUCUUAGCAUGUAUAUUGUUUCGCAAAUUACGACUAUUGAAAAACAGUACGGGCUCAGCAGCUCCCAGUCUGGGUUUUUACUAAGCUGCAAUGAUAUUGGUUUUUUAGUGACGACAUUAUUUGCUAGCUACUUUGCUAGAAAAUUGCAUAUUCCGAGGACUCUGUGGUUUUGUGUGAUUCUGUAUGGGGUGGCCGGUAUCGUGUGUUCUUUGCCAUACUUUGUUUCAAAAGACUUUGUUUUUGAGCAGUCCGCACAGUUAUCAAAAACAGUUCCAAAACGAGGUUCAAAUUCAUCAUGGCUCAGUUUCUCUAUGUCUAAGAAGUCGCCAAUGUGCAAAAUGGAAAUGGACACUUCCGCCGGAACCGGAUAUGCUGUUAUCGUAUCAAAUACAUCAAAAUGUGACAUACAAGGCGCUGAGACCAGUUUUGGUGUCGGAGAACCAAAUGAAUAUACAAAAGUCGCUAUGACGUUUAUAGCCAUAGGAAUGAUAAUUCAGGGUUUGGCAAAGGCACCCAGAUACCCGUUUAUAACAACAUAUGUCGAUGACAAUGUGAAAAAGAAGAACACGGCCAUGUACAUGGGGAUAAUAUCUGGGAUUGGCAUCUUUGGUCCAGCUAUCGCCUUUGGAGUGGGUGGCGUUUUUAGUAGACAGUAUGUCACUCUAGAAGAUGUGCCAAUUUCACCACGGCAUCCAGCCUGGAUCGGAGCAUGGUGGCUUGGUUUCAUUGUGUUUGGUGUUUUAGCAAUUUUCCUGUCUUUUCCCCUGCUCUGUUACCCGAAGCGCAUGCGGUCAAGAAAAAUUGAACAUAAACAGCCCAAAGCAGGAUCUCUAAAACAGUCCAUUCUUGGGUUUUUCAAGUCUAUCUUCCGUCUGGUGUGCAAUCCGGUAUACAUGUUGCUUGUAGUGUCCAACUGCGUAGCAUUGUUUGCCGUUGCCGGCAUGUUGGCAUUUAGUGCAAAAUACUUGGAAACGCAAUUCUUUAUACCAGCAUGGAAAGCAAACAUGCUGCUAGGUGUUAUGAACAUUGUGGCAGCGUCGGCAGGAACGGUAAUUGGUGGAUUUAUUGUAACAAAAAGGAAGUUGUCUCCCCUAUCUUGUGUUAAGAUGUUGUUGCUAGUAGGUUGCUUGGCACUGGUACAAAAUUGUCUGGGAUAUGUAUUUGGUUGUGGUAAUGCGGACAUAUCUGGAUUUAAUGUACCGAGCCAAACUGUUGACGGAACCAAUGCGACGUGUUCAGCAAUAUGUGGAUGUGACGCCCACACUUUUUUCCCUGUAUGUGCCUCAAAUAACCAAAAUUACAUGUCACCUUGCCAUGCAGGGUGUCAGUACCAAGAUAAAGUGAUGUUUGAAGAUUGCGCAUGCGCAGGUCAGAAUGCUACAGCCAUGCCGGGCCUCUGUGAGACUUCAUGUGUGAUGUUAUAUCCAUACUUAGUUAACAAUAUAUUUGGUGCUUUCCUUGCAACACUGGGUAUGAUGCCCGGCUUCAUUGUUAUGCUGAGGAGUGUUAGCGAGCUUGACAAGUCGCUGGCUGUUGGAUUUACAUCUUUGCUGUCUACUAUAUGUGGAUGGUUCGCUGGACCUGUCGUGUUUGGAAGCAUCGUUGAUACAGCUUGUAUAAUAUGGAGUGCCUCGUGUUCCGGUCAAGGUGCGUGCGCAUUGUAUGACAAUGUGGACUUGAGGAUCAAGAAACAUACGUUUGAAAUCGUACCAAAAGUUAUCACUAUUUUACUCCAGCUACUAGUGUUCCUUAAAGCGCGGAGGAAGAUGGAUUGGAGCGUUGAUAAACCGGAAGCGGAUGAAGAAAUGGAUGCAGAGAAAUCAAUGAUGGCGGAACAAGAAGAAAUGAACACUUUUCCAAAAGAUUGGAAACCUGAACCGAUUUUCAAGGGUGUGAAAGAGUCUGGAUAAAAGUGGCCACAUCCAGUGAAUAGUUAUCGUUGGUAAUUUAAAUGAAAAAGUAUUGAAUGUUCGUGUAAAAGUCGAUCCCACUGCAUAUCAGAGGUCCGUGUGUGCACGAGUUUUAUCACACACAGUACUUUUAAAGGGUCAAAACUUAAUAUUGUAAUUAGCUUCUACAUCCUACUCCAAAAAUAUAAUGUUUUUAUUCUGUUCUUAACAUUUUGUUUAGGCACAGCUUUAUAAAAAUUAUGAAAGGAGAAAAACAAAUCAACCGUUUGAAUACUUUGGAAUGUGAAUUAAUAUUUCUUUCAUGAUUGUUUUAUUACCGAUUAUAAAAUUGGCCAAAAACGUCGGUGCAUCUAGAGUUAUUCGAAAUAUUUCUAUAUAUAAAUUGAUGUAGAUGUUUGAGGUUUUGACUGCCAGCUUGAAGCUGACUGAAAAGAUGCCGUUCAUUGCUGUUUAUUUACAUAGCCAUUGUUCCUGCUGCUGUUGUUUCUACACCGGCGGUCAAUUCCGAUGUUAUUGUUGAUAUAUUUGGGUGUUGAUCCUUUGGUUACUGCUGAUAAGUGUUCAUGUCAGUUCCUAUAAACACAAUGUGUUGUUUCUAUUGUUACCAGGCCCGUAACCAGAACAAAAGUGUAUACGUAUUUUUGGUAUAGUUUCCUUUAAUCAAAAUGUUUAUAUAAAUGUAUACUAACAUCACAGCCCUUAUAACAUGUUAACUGGAUAACAACAGACAAACUGUUCAUUAAAAUAGAAGCAUGCUCUUGGUAAAUAUUCCCUUAAAUUCAGUUUGACCAAUAUCACCUUAAAUCAGGGCCGUAACUGGGCAUACGACAGCACGCACAGAACAGAACAAAAGGGAAGUUUUAUUUCAACUUGUACACAAGGUACCUUGUUGUACAACAUGCAUACAAUAUACUUAACCUUUAGCCUGCUAAAUUUCUAAAAUUGACUGGCCCAUCAUUCAAUUUUGGCAAUACUAUUUAUUAUUCGAACGGGUGUUCGGCUAAUCUUGGUCUGUUCUGGUUGCAAAGGCAGAAUCACUUGCCGCCAGCAAGUGAUUUUAAUAACAGAAAUGCAGUAAAUGAAAACGAUGAUCAUUUUUAGAAUUUAAUUCUAAACUGAAUAGUGUAGUUCACAUAUUAUUGAAUUUGUUAUCUAAGAUAUGUUUUGUUUUAUAGAAAUAUGAUAUAGUAUCUAGUAUUGUUAAUGUAAAAUAAUUUCGUAUGAAAAUAAUGAAAUACUCAUAUAAGUUUGAAUAUUACAAUAGUAAUAUAUAACAUCUUUUGAACUACAGUACUAACUGAAGUAGCCAAACAUAUACAGCAAAACAUACAUUUUCAGAGUAUAAGUGUGUAACGAAAAAUUACCAUGUACUAUUCUUUGAAUUAUAACAUUUAUUUAGAAUAGUCUACUACUAGUGUUGGUCUUUCAAACUUUUGAUUUCAUGUCUGAGAACCCCCCAAAAAUGAAUCAUGUACAGUAUUAAGAUGAAUAUCUUAUAUCUUUUCUUUUUAAAUUUCGGACACAAUUAUGAAUAACAUUUUUUUUCUACAAAUGACACAGCAACAUAUCAUCGCAUUAGAUAUAGUAAUGGAAUUCCAAGAUCUAGAAAAUAAAACGCUAUUAUUUUCUUUGCGAUGUUAAGUUUUAUGUAUUUUGAUAGCAGUUUCACGGGAAUGUUUCUUUAGUAUUGUGCAUAAUAUUUGAUUUUACUAAUUUUUUGUUUUGAUUCUGGUGCACGUUGUAAUAGUAACUGUCAAUUUAAUAGGGUAAAAAUCUUUUGAAUUCAAAACUUUGUAAAUUUUAUACCUGAUAAAAUGUUUCAAAAUGAGCUGGUGUUAUUUGCGCUUUUAAGUUUUAAAAGUUAAAAAGAUUCAAAUUGGAGUAAAAGAAAUGUAACUGAGGCUAGUGCAUCCUUUUGUCCCAGUUUAGUUGUUAGCCUGGUUAUUGUUCAUAGGUGUCGUGUACUUGAAGAAAGACGCAACACCGAGCGACUAGCUCUAGGGUAUUUUAUAUACUUACCAAGCAUACAUACAAACAUACAACUAUAUCAUGAGUAGAUGUAUAUACCAACUUAUAAAACAAUGCAUCACAAUAGGCAUCAAUCGUAUAUACUGUCGCUGUUGUUAAUUAUGUCGCUGCAUUGUUAUUGUUGAUAGAAAAAGCAUUCUUAUUUUGCAGAAACCAAUUACAUAUUUAUUAUAUAUUAAGAAUUUUUAUAUUUAUCUCAUAUAAUAUUAUAGAACAAAAUACUCUUCUAAAGCG